GGAUUGAACCUAGGCUUGAUUCAAGGCUUAACCACUGCGCCACCGACGCUUAACUAAUGUGGGAAAAUAUAAUCAGUAAUGUAGCUCUGGUAGUUCUCAUCUCGAGCAACAUUGUAAUCUAUCUUAUCCUCGAGAGAGGCAUGGAUUAGUGAACAGUACAAGUCAUUGAGAGUUGACAGUAUUGUGCCGACAGCGAACUGAUUACCAAUAUCGACAUAUCAAAUACUUCACCUUUGAAAAACACGUAUGUAUGGUGCCACAAUGCGAGACGUGGCCGGCGGAGGUGACGCCGGGCGCGUGGGGCGCUUGGGCGCUGACCGAUGAUAAGUGUCGCCGCAAGCAGCCCGUGGCCGACACCUGCAGCGCAAACAGCUUUCACGCCACGAACACGCAGCGAUGCGACAAGUUCGUCUACGAGCAUAACAACACCAUCGUUGCUGAGUUCAACCUCGGCUGCCAGGAAUGGAAGCGCACUCUGGUGGGCACGAUCCACAGCGCAGGGAUAUUCGUCGCGCUGCCUUUAACAGCCUAUGUGUCUGACACAUUCGGGCGACGCGUGGCAUUCAUAGUGACGGCGGUGUUACCCGGCGUGGUGGGCCUGGCGCGCUCCUUCACGCAAGACUAUAUCUCCUAUAUCACCUUGGAGUUCCUAGACGCGGUGGUCGGCGCUGGUGUCUACUCCUCCGGCUUUGUUCUUGCUCUAGAAAUGGUUGGUAUAAACAGACGAGUUCUUUGCGGCAAUAUAAUUUCGAGCACGUUUGCCUUGGGUCAGGCACUCAUCGCGCUCAUAGCUUGGGCAGUGCCCAACUGGCGGACGUUGACAAGAAUUAUAUACGCGCCCUCUCCUUUCUUCAUAAUUUACUAUUUCCUCAUCGAAGAGAGCGUGCGAUGGCUGCUCACAAAGGGGAAGAAGAAGAAGGCGGCCAAAAUAAUCUUUAAAGCGGCAGAGGUCAAUAAAAAGAAAUUAUCUCCGGAGACAAUAAGGCUGCUAACUGAAGAAACGCCGGUCGAAAUAAAACAGACAGAUCCUGUAAAUCCUAAUUCAGAAACUUUAGAUCCGGAAAAGAUGCGUGCAGAAAAUUCAAAUCCAGAUAAGAAAGUUCCGGAGAAUUUUGAGCCUCCGUCGGUGAUGCUGGCAGUGCUAAAGUCUAGGGUGUUGAUGACCCGCCUGUGCAUAUGCGCCUUCUGGUGGGUGACGGUCACCUUCAUUUACUACGGCCUGUCCAUCAACUCCGUAUCGCUGGCUGGAAACAGCUACAUCAACUAUAUCUUGACCUCUCUCAUCGAAAUCCCCGGCUACGGUCUGAGCGUCAUCACGUUGGAUCGAUUCGGGAGAAAGAAGUCAAUCAUAACUGCCUAUUUUAUUUGCGGGGUUUCUCUAAUUGCACUGCCUUUUAUUCCGACGUCAAUGGUGUGGCUGCAGACGUCGCUGAACCUGUUCGGCAAGCUGUGCAUCAGCAUGGUGUUCAGCAGCAUCUACGUGUACACGGGCGAGCUGUACCCGACGGGGCUGCGGCACCGCAUGCUGGCAGCUUGCUCCAUGACCGGCCGCAUCGGACAGAUGAUCGCGCCGCAAACCCCGCUACUAAUGUCAUACAUGGAGUCGCUGCCGUACAUCCUGUUCGGGCUGAUGGCGGGUGCGUCGGGGCUAUUGAUGCUGCUCACACCAGAGACGCUGCGAGUGGAGCUGCCCGACACUAUCGAGCAGGCGGAGACCAUCUCCCCUGUAAAGCAGCGACCUGUCCAUCUCGAGUGAUGAAUACCCUUGUUGUUACCUACUGUUAAGUGAUCUUUCAUAGCUCAUAUAUGUUCCCACUGGAACGCUCGAGCUAUCCUAGUUUAAAAGUGUUCGUCGCUGCCUAAUAUUCACAAAACUGGUAGAACUGCAUAACUACCACCUUAAGGAAUAUCGUUUCUUAUGAAGGACCCAAAAUCGUUUUAGUUUGGGGAUACCACGUAAAGAAAUAACCUAUUUCAGUCGAUUACAGGAGGCAGAAAGUUAUGUUUAAAUCUUUGGAUUUGUAUAUAACAAACAUCGAGGUGUGGGUGGAAUUUUUAACUGUACCAUUUUAAGUGAUUGCGAAACUCAAGCGGCAACUAUUGAUUGUAUAAACGUACUUAGUUAUUUAUGUUUACGUAUACACUAGACUAAUUAAUGUAAAAUAUUACGUUAGUACAAUUUUUAUAAAAUAAGUACUUUGCUGUCGAGAAAGUACAAAUUUGUAUAACAAUGCAAUUAUUAGUUUAUCUCCGAUACCUUUGUUUAUUUAUUUCCAUAUCAGUUUACAACAAAAUCAUGAAUAAAAGUACGAAGUAUCAAAGAAACCCGAUCCUGCUUAGUCGUGCUUAUCGUUAAUGCUCACUCCUUUAACGCCUAUUGGAAUAUUAAAAGCAAAUUAAACCCUGUAAGUGAUUGCUCAAACAUUUUUGGCAGGAUUUUUUAGAACUCUAUUAUUUGACUACGAAUAUGUUAAUCAUCGCUUAACUAAUUGUACAU